AUGUAAUCAUUAGAUGGUUCCUCAAGAGGUAUAAACUUAAUAUUACAAAGACAUCAUUAAUUCUAUCGAUUCUGCCAAUAAAAUCACAGCCAAAUAGUUUAUGAAACAAACUUAUGCUGAUACUGAGGCGAGAAUCAAAAUCAAUAAAUUACAGGAUUUACCUCCAGAGGAAACAUAGAAUUAAUCCUAAAUAGAUUAAUAAGGAAAGCUUGUUACUAUAAAAUCUACACUUACUAUUAAUGCACUAAAAGAGAAAUCCAAAUUUUAAGUAAAACAACAAUAUGGAUUAUUGAUAGAUCAUUAUUGAAUCAUUUCUCUAUGGUUUUGCAAAUUUCCCAUUACUUUAUUACAUUAUAUUGCUAAUUGCUUCAAUUCAAUAUUAAGUCAUAGGUUUUUAUAAUCAAUUAUACUUGGGAUUGUAAAUAGUCUUCUGUUUUUUAAUAACAUUUUAUGAUACUUUCAUGAAUAAAAUAAAUCUUUAUAGAUCAAUAGAAUAAGCAGAUUAAUAGUAGAUAUAUGUCUACAUAGAAGAUGAAUUUAGAGAAUGCAGUAUUGGCCAAUUAUAACCUGGUCAUUUGAUUAAACUCUUACCUAGACAAAAAUGCCCUACAGAUGGAAUUCUAGUUGGAACUACUGGAGUUUCUGAAAACAUACCUUUAUUAGAAAUUGGAGGUUAGACAAUUACUCGUAGAGCAGGGGUUGCAAACUUUAAUGUUGGAAGAUAACUUGAAGGCAAAUUAGAAUUUGAUUCUGAAAAUAAAAAGGUUAGAGUUACUAUGAAAAUGGAAACAAAUUAAUUUUGUCUAGAUUUCUAGUAUAUUAAUUUUAACUUAUAUUUAGGCAAUAAAAUAAAAUUUAAAUUUUAUAAGCCAAUAAUUCAUUUGAUGAAAUUUUUAUUCUUGUAACAGGUUAAACAUUACAAGAGCAAAAAUAAGAAUAGAGUUCUGCAUAUGAAAAAACUAAAAUUAAUCCAAAAUUAGGAUUCUCUUUACAUAUUCAAAACAUUAUAAUUAUAUUGUUUACACUUCUUUUAUCUGUAAUCUUAUUAGCUGCUCACUUUAUACAAACUAAAUAUUUAUAUUUAGAUGAUAAAGUGAAUGAAGAAUAGAUGAAAACCUAUUUAUAAUUUUUAUGCACUUUCAGUUGGGGAAUUCCAAUUAUGUAAAUUCCCCUUAUGUUAAUAAUCAAUAGGAUUUCCAAAUUCUAAGCUGAACAUGAUCGUCUUAUAGAGUAAUUAUAAUUCUUUUAUAUUUUCAUAGUGUUGAUAUAUCUGGAAAGAGAAUAGAAAUUAGUAAUAGUAAUGCAUUAGCUAAUAUGGCCAGAGCAAAAUUUAUUCUAACUGAUCUAAAUCUAUUAACUAGAUAAAGUUUAGUAGUAAAUAACAUCUUAUUAAAUAAAUAAUCUGAUGAAAUUAAUUUAAAUGAUCUAGUUACAGUAACACCUAUUGAAGAUAUUGAUGAUUUGAAUUUCUGUUAAUAAGAAGCCAAAUUUGCACUUUUAUCUUUUUAAACUAACAAAAAAAGUGAAGAGGAUAUUGCAACACAAAAACGAAUCUUAGAUUAUGGCUUAUCAUUAGGAAUCAAUGGAACUUAAAGAAUAAUAUAAGAUUAAGAAUAAAAUUAAUAGUAUUUUAAAACAAAGUUUGAAGUAGUGACUUAAAAAUAUCUGCUUAUUGGAUAUGAAUAAAUUCUAAAAGAAGUAUUCUUCUAUUAAUUUAUACUUUUAGGAUAUUAAAUAAUAUCUUAUUGUUUUUAGAUCAAAAUUUACAGAUUGUAAAGACCUAUUAACAUCUGAAAUUUAAUUACAGAUUACUAGUUUAUUAGAUGCUAAAGAUAAUCUUAAUUAAAUGAAUAUUAUCUUUAGAAAGAUUGUUUCAAUGUAAUAUUUAGAUAAAAUAACAAAUAUGGUUAAUUAACAUAAAAAAAUUGAUGAUGAAACUUUAAAACAAAUAAAAUCUGAUGUUGAACCUGUUUUAUUUAUUGAAAUUAUUGAAGACUUUUAUGAUUGUUCUCAAGAAAUCAUGGAUAUUAGAGAAUGCUAAUAUAAAAUUUGGAUUAACUCUCAUAUUAAAGAUGUAAUUUAUUUUAAUAUAUGCUAGCCAUAAAUCUUAGAGAGUGAUCCAACUAUGGUAGGACUAUUUGAAUAAACAACUCCUUAAAUUAUGAUAUGUUAGAAUGGAGAUGAACUUUAAGUUGCUCUUGAUUAAAUAGAAAAAAAUAGUGUAUAUAUAUAUAAUAGUAAUUUAGUAAAUCAAAUAGUUUGGUAAAGAAGUUAACAUAUUUAUGAAUGAAAGACCUGUUUUACUUAUUAUUGAUGAGGCAACCUUAUAAACUGGGUUAAAGAAUCAAUUACUUAAUGAAAAAUUUAGAAAUUUCUUUCUGAAAAUUCCUCUUGUUUUAUUACUCAAUUCUAAACCUCAUUUGAACUAUUUGUUAUCAUCUAUCAUAAAAUCACACGAAUUAAUUUGCAUCACAAAUUAUAUAACUACUACUCCAUCAAUGUAGAUUUGUUUAGAAAAUCAAACAGAAACAGCAUUUGAUAUAAAAAUGCCAACUUUUAGUUUCUUACCAAAAAUUUUAAUUGUACAUGGAAGAUUAAAUAAUAUUCGAUAAGGCUCAGCAAUUUCGCUGAUCAAUUAUUAAUCUUUUAUUUUGUUUUUUAUUUAAUUUGUUUAUGUAUGCUACAACAGAUUUUCCUAAAACUAUUUGUUAAAUGAAUUUAUACACUUUAUUAUGAUGUUUUUUACUAUUUGCUAUAUUUUCAUAUUCUUUAGUAUGGCAUAAGUAUUAAAUUAUCUUAACAAUUAUAGGAUUUUCCUUUUGAAAUUUUAAGAAGUCAACCAGUUUAUCAUCUGAUGGUGAGAACUACUAAGAAUCCUUAUAAAAUGUUACUAACUCAAUUUAUAUAAGGGGGUUUUCAUGGAACUUUUAUAGUCAUAUCAGUAAUAUAUACAUUUUAUGGUUCAAAUGAUUAAAAUGGAUAUGUUCAUGGUUAUUAAUUAUAAUAAUUUAUGAUUCUUACAAUAAGUUUAUUAGUGAUAGCUUUUAAGCCAAUAAUUGAUUAAUAUAAAAUUGUCAAAUCAUAAAUGUAAAUGGAUUAUUCUAUAUUUAGAUAUUUAGCCAUGGCAUUUAUUUUUAUUACAGUAAUGAUCAUCUAUUAGAAUAAUGAAUAAAUGGCUUAUUUAUUUGAGACUGGAGUAAAAACUAAAGAUUUAUGUGCUCUUGUAUUUUAUCCUAUAUGUGCUUUGAGUCCAAAUCUGAUUGGAUAAUUUAUUUAAAGAUUAUUAUCGUCAAAUAAUCUAAAUUAAUGUCUUUACAAGAUGGAAUAGAAAGUAAAGAUAUAAUUAUUUAUAUAAAAGCAUGAAGAAGAUUCUGAGAAUCAAAAAUUAAGAGAUGCUAAAAAUUAUAUCAGAUUAUAUUAGAAAGAGGAAUUAGAAUAAUAAGAAGACAUAGUAAAUUCCAAGAAAGUCCUAUGA